AUGGGUCACUUACAGUCUCCCAUAGUAUCCAAUAUGGUCACUACCGAUCCCGACUUUGGCACUGAUGCUGCUAUUGCCGUACGAAGAGUCUACCCUACUCUACUCCCCGACGAUGUAUUGCUAGAAACGCCCACAUUUAGAGCUGGGUCUGUCUGGGACCGUGCCGAUGAAUUCCGUCCUCCUACCGCUACCACUCGUAACUACAUAUAUAGUCAAGAAGAAUUCCGCGCUGGUGGUGAUCUGGGCCCACGUACAAGUCUCCAUCUAAACCUCGCUCACUCCAUGUGGGCUUUUGACUCCUUGGAACAGGCUCUGAGAUUCCAUCGUGACUAUGCUGAUACCAAUGCCGGUAAUGAUGCUGAACGACUAGAUGAACUCACCGCUGUCAUUGUAUCGCCUGCCGCAAAACUGACUCCACAAGGUGUACCCCCCAACCUGCGUGUUGGUGAAGAAUCUAAAUUAUAUGUCGGCCUUUCUACUUCCACUGACGACGUGCCACGAAGACAACGAGCUUCUAUAUGGAGUCUGGUCUAUCUCUUUGUAUGUGAAAACACUGUACAUCGACUCGAGCUCACCAAGAUUGGACGAGGAGCUGCUGUUGCCAAGGGCAAUGAUACUCAUGGAUCUGUAGCUGCUCUGCAAUACUUGCAUUCGGAAGAUGGAAGAACGGAUUUGGCUCUAGUUGGUAGACUUGUACGUGUAUUGGAAGGUCGUACUGUAGAAAUGGCUGAAAUGGGUCUGGUGCAUGGUUCACGACGAUUCUCUGAUGCUGUUCGAGAAUGUGUUCCAUCUAUGAGAAAAUGGGCUAAUGAUUGGGAACGACAUGUUACCAAGUUGGCUCCAAAGCCAACCAACCCAGCGAUCUUGUCUGCUAAGGCUAGGAAGAUUAUUGAUGAUUUAAAGUCGGGCAAGGCUGCUAUGAUGGUUGCUGCUUUACACUGGGAAGAGAUUGAUCCGGUCAUGGAGCAGUUCGUUCGUCACGGUGGUAUUGAAGCCGUAGUAGAUCUACUCCUGUCACAUCCUCUAAACAGUGAACGACCCAAAGACUUGCAACGUGUGCUCGGUGCUCGUGGUGGUAUCUGCAUGCAAGCAUCUAUAGUCCUUGGGCUAGCUCUUCGCGAACCGGCAGGUUCUAAAUACUACCCAGGUCGAGCAGUCUUGUCCAAACUCGUCACCAUGUUUUGCCGCGGUGAUGUAGGGGAGACCAUGGCAGCCCUCCACGUAUUAGCUGAUUUGUGUGCUGGUCCACCACCAGGCGAUAUGGAAGGCACUAGUAAGAAUGGCGGUAAUUCAGCACCUGCCCCUCCUAAAAAGGAUCCAUCAGUCAUGACCAAGAUUGCUGAAUCCGUGUGGGUGUUGGCUGGCAUGUCUAUAAUGUGUCGUAUGGGUGACUUGUAUCGUACAUUUGGUGACUUGGAGAACCUAAGAGAUGAUCAUGGAUUCUAUGCUGCUAUGGAAGAUUUAUUGGCUUCCUUCUCUCCAGCUCUCAUCUCUUGGGAUCCAGAACCGGGUGUAGCGGAUGAUUUCGCUUGUCACGGUGACCAAACAUAUGUAUUAGGCCAUUGUGUAUCUGGUGGACUAGAUGCUGCCUACCAUCUCUUCCAACUCUGGGCUACCGCAAACGAUGAUACAGGACGAGCGUCAAAGAUUCCACCAAUGACUGAAAUCUGCUCUCGAGUCGCACUCUUGUGUGAAGGUCUGCCCUCUGUCGCUGAACAAUUACGAGGAUAUAAACGUUGGCAAGAUGUUCGUCGUCUAGUAACAGCUGCUACUUCACCUGAACUGGCUGCCGUGCAUGGCUGGAAUGAUUUGUGGAAGGCAUUCACUGAUCUAGUCACUCGAUGUGGUGGAUUGCCGAGAGGUGGCGUAGAAGAGGCUAGACGAUUGAGGGGUAUUGGUGUUAAGGGACGUCCAAUUAAAGAAGCGAAACUGGUAGAAACUGCACCUGCACCUGAGCCGCAGAAUGGCUCUAAAAGGACUACCACCAAGGCUCCUGCCAAACAACCCAUCCGUAUAUAUAAAAAUGGUGAUCAAGAAGACGAAGACGAUAGUGAUGAGCAUGAAGCCGUAGUGGUGCAAAAGCCAAAACGAGGUGAUAAAGUAGCUGCUGUUGCUGACAAGGGUAAAAAGGUGGCAAAAAAGCCUGUUUACGUACAAGAAGAGGAUGAUGACGAAGAGGAAGAAAAACCUGUAGUCCAGAACUUUGACAAUGACGAGGACGAUGAAGAAGAAGAGCGAGCCAUUGCAACCAAGUCUGGUCGUAAAGCUAGAAAGGACGAAGCGCUGGUAUCUCUUGCUACAGAUGUGCCUAAAGCCAAAGUCCGAAUCUCGCAGACUGCUUUGGAAUUAGCCAAUGUCUUUGGUGGUCACGACGUUGAGCUCGACCACUUGGAAGUCCUAGACAAGCAUGGCCGACCAAUGGAUAAAGCUACCAUAUUAAAAACCGCUGGUAAAAAGACCAUUGAUACUAGCAGUAGCAGUCCUAGUAGUAGAGCAUCAGCAGGUCCUACAUCACCUACAUCACCCAUUGCCAUGCCUCUAUCACCCUCAUCACCAGCUCCGUCAAACAGGUCUAAAGCUAGCAGUAAAAAGGAAGCAGUCAUGCCAGCGUCUCCUCAGUCGACCAGAUCAUUUAAUAAGAUAAUUGAAGAAGUUGUCGUUGAUGAUGACGAACAGUGGGAGGAAGACACACCACAACUCCGAGCAAAAACUACCAAGAAGUCGAAACGCUUCCCUGCUAGAACCACCAGUAUUGCAGCUGUAAAUUUCACCAAAUCUAAAAAGGGUGCUGUAGUAGGUCGUAAAUCAGCAGUAUCUAGUGCCACUAAAGGCGUCAAGAUGAUGACACCACCUUUAACGCCGCCAGACCACGAACGAGUAGAAGAAGAGCAGCCAGAAGAAGAAGAGGCAGAACCUGCUGAAGACGAUGACGACACACCACAUGUAGAGCUCACCGAAAAGGCAGAGUCCUUGAUGGACUUUGAUCCUCUUUUCGCCACCGAAAGUCGCAAAAGGGAUAGAAUACGCAAAGCGCAAUCUAAUAAGGCUGCUGAAGAACGACGUGCUCAGGAAGCACUUGAACGUGAAGAACAGGAAGCUAAGAAAGAGCAAGAGGAUCGGAUCAAGAGAGUGUUGAACUCUAGUAUUGAUGAAUCUGCCUUUGCCUUUUGA